AUGGCUUCAGUCUUCGACGGCGGGGAGCGGUGGGCGCUGACCGGAUUGCAGGCCACCUAUUCGGUGGAGAUCUCACCUGCACUUACGGAGUUGAAUCCUGAUGGGCAGCAGUGUCAAGUGGCACACCUGCCGCCUGCCUCGAUUGUGGAGCAUUUCCAACAAGAGCCCACCACCCUGAAGCACACCACCAACUUUCUGGUGCCCGGCUCAUCGGCGGACAUCAGCAAG